AUGCAAGUGUAUGCUUUUGGGUCCAAUGGUAACGGCCAACUGGGGAUCGGUCACACGGACGAUACCUUUAUCCUCACCCCUUGUCUCGGUCUACCUGAGAAUCAGUCGAUAAUAAAAAUUGCAAGUGGUGGCAAUCAUGCCGCUGCUUUGACAUGUCAGGGCGAGAUUUACCUGACGGGCGCUUCACAACGGGGCGAUAUACCAAGACUCUCCAAUACCCAGUCCGACAGCGAAAGUUGGCACCAGUUUCAGCGACCGGCUUGGUUGCGACAACACCGGUGGCGAGACGUGGCUUGUGGCUGGGCUUUUACCAUUGCAGUGAGCGAAGAGGGUCGCGUUUACGGAUUUGGGUCAGCCAAGUGUGGAGAACUGCCCAUGUCCAGCGACAUUCCGAUUGAAAUCGAUGCACAGCUUUCCAAUAUCGUCGCUGUCGCCUGUGGUUGGCGUCAUGUCGUGGCUUUGGAUGGUCACGGUCAAGUCUACAGCUGGGGUUGGGGACGCCAUGGCCAGCUUGGUCCCGAUCGCGGCAUGGUCUAUCCUAAAAGUAUACGGCCCGUGCAAGCCUGGAAUUUUUCUGAACCGAUCGCCAAAGUGGCAUGCGGGCACAUGCAUACGGUGUUGAAAAGUCGAGAAGGGACGGUCUAUGCUUUUGGUUCCGAUAAAUAUGGCCAAAGUUCGGUACCUUUGGCAAUCCAUGCUACUGAUAUUUCUGCGGGAUGGCAUCAUACGGCGGCUCUGGAUCGCGCGGAUCGUUUAAUAAUGUGGGGAAGGAACGAUCAUGGUCAGUUGCAGGCAUUGGACAAUGUGCAACUGUUCGUCUGUGGUUCGGAACACGCAUUGGCACUAACACAAGGUCAAGUCCUUGCAUGGGGUUGGAAUGAGCAUGGUAACUGCGGUGUGGAAGAGGAUCCUACAGUGAAGACGCCCAUACCACUGGCUGGUUUACCGUCGAAUCGAGUUGUAUUGCUUGCUGCAGGAUGUGCAACCUCUUGGAUCGGACUGACGGUGUAA